AUGAAGAUGAGGAAUCACACUCCAGUAAAUGAGUUCCUCCUGAUAGGAAUCCCUCAUACAGAAGGGCUGGAAAAUGUUCUCUUUGUCUUAUUCAUGGGCUUCUACCUUCUCACUCUGCUGGGGAACCUACUCAUUCUUCUGCUAGCCUGGGCUGACACCUCUCUGGCUCAGAUGGUGAGUUUCACCAAUGUAGGUGUUGUUGCUCUCAUGUGUUUCCUUCUUAUCCUCACUUCUUAUACUCACAUUUUUAUCUUCAUAUUGAAAAUCAGCUCAUCAGAAGGCAGGCGCAGAGCCUUCUCAACCUGCAGUGCCCACCUGACCUCCAUCCUGCUCUUCUAUGGCCCUGUGGUGCUCAUUUAUCUCUGGCCUGUUUCCAGCCUGUGGCUGGAUACUGUGGUUCAGGUGUCGAAUAAUAUUGUUACCCCUUCCCUUAAUCCUUUGAUUUACACCUUGAGAAACAAGGAUGUGAAGCUAGCUCUGAGAAAA